UGAGAGCCUAUUCCUUGUCAGUUCAUCCCCAAUUCCCCGUCUGACCUGUUUCCAUUGUGCCUUGUGAUCACAUUUUCAAUAGUGGGUUUGCGGAAAUUUCUCGAAUUUGAUUGAUUGUCGUCUUCAUCGAAAUCUAUGUUAGAUCGAAAGCCCAGAGGAAGACCCACAAAAAGAUUUCUCCUUUGUAUCAUUCUUCAAUUAAUAUCUCCGUGGGUUAGGUUCUGCCAUUGAGGUUUGUUCAUGGAAGCUCUUCUUAUACCCAUCAGAUUGCGCAAAAUAGGGGAUUUAUGUCGAGAAAUGAUAUUUCGGGUUUCGUUUCGUGAAUCGGAAGAAAAGGGCUUUAAGGGCUUUGUGUUUGGUGAUUUGCGAAACCUCGUGUCAGUGAAGUUUUAGUUUUGUUUUGGGGGAUUUUAUCAUAUGGUUGAUUUGACAUUUUUUUGUUUCUGCAAAAAAUGGGGAAUGUUUGUGUUCAUAUGGUGAGCAAUUGUGUGGAGACCAAAUCAAGUUCAUGGGUUCGUCCCACAGAUUUGAUCAUGGAAAAUCCCGUGAAACAGCUCCCAGAUAAACCUCCUCAGCAAAUGGUCAUGUCAAAGGAAGAAAACACCAAGCCUGAAAGCCAAAAAACCGGUCAAGGAGACAGGAAAUUACUUGGGAAUGGAGGUGAGAAUGCGAAAAAUGUGCAGAGGCAGAAAAACUUUACAGAUUCAGAUCCAUCAGAUUCUGAGGAAGACGAAGAAACGGAUCGGACAAAGAGUACCGAACAUAAGCCGAAACCCCCUGUUGUGUCUGAAAAUGUCAGAAAGCCUCACAAUGUGAGGAGACUAUUGAGUGCAGGUUUGAAGGCUGAGUCUGUGUUGAAAACCAAGACUGGGCAUUUGAAGGAAUACUAUAACUUGGGGAGCAAGUUAGGUCAUGGGCAGUUCGGGACGACUUUCCUCUGCAUUGAGAAGGGAACAGGUGAGGAAUAUGCCUGCAAAUCGAUUCAGAAGAGGAAGCUAGAGACCGAAGAAGACGUGGAUGAUGUCAGAAGGGAGAUUGAGAUAAUGUACCAUUUGUUUGGUCAACCUAAUGUAAUUUCCAUCAAAGGAGCUUAUGAGGAUUCUGUGGCGGUUCACAUGGUGAUGGAGUUGUGCAGAGGAGGAGAGCUUUUCGAUAGAAUUGUGGCGAGAGGGCAUUACACAGAGAGAAAGGCUGCUCAAUUGGCUAAAAUCAUCCUUACUGUGGUACAGACCUGCCAUUCUUUAGGCGUUAUGCACCGAGAUCUUAAACCCGAGAACUUUCUUUUUGUUAACGAUCAUGAGGAUUCUCCUCUUAAGGCUAUAGAUUUUGGGUUAUCUGUGUUCUUCAAACCCGGGGAGACUUUUAGCGAUAUCGUUGGAAGCCCUUACUAUGUUGCACCUGAAGUUCUGAAUAAGAGUUACGGUCUAGAAGCCGAUAUCUGGAGCGCUGGUGUGAUGAUUUACGUGUUGUUAUCAGGAUCAGCUCCAUUUUGGGGAGAAACUGAAGAAGAAAUAUUCUACGAGGUUUUGCAUGGUGAUCUUGAUUUGUCAUCGGAUCCAUGGCCAGAAGUCUCCGAGAACGCGAAAGAUUUGAUCAGGAAGAUGCUCGAAAGAAACCCAGGAAGAAGAUUAACUGCUCAUCAAGUCUUGUCACAUCCUUGGAUUCAGGAUGAAGGAUCGACUCCAGAUAGACCCCUUGACCCGGGAAUCUUGACUCGGUUAAAGAGAUUUUCAGCAACAGACAAGCUCAAGAAGAUGGGUUUAAUGAUAAUAGCCGAGAGUCUUUCAAAAGAAAAGAUUCACGGGCUCAAAGAAACGUUCAAUACGAUAGACAAAGACCUUAACGGGCGAAUAACUUACAAAGAACUCAAAAACGGGUUGGAGAAAUUCGGUGUAAAUCUUGAUCAUUCUGAGAUCAUUGCCCUUAUGGAAGCUGCUGAUAUUCACGAUAACGAUAAAAUAAACUACGGAGAAUUCAUAGCUGCAAUUGUUCGCCUGAAACAGAUCGAUGGCAAGAAAGAAGAGGAACACAUUUUUGCAGAGUCCAAGUGUCUUGAAAACGAUUACACAAGGUGAGGUUUCGGCAACUGUGUAAGGAAAGCAAUCCGCAUCGGAGAAAGAAGUGAUCUAUGAAGCUGAUCUGAGCAAUGAUGGGGAUGUGAAUCAUCACAGCAUAAGGGAACUUGAUGAUCACGAGCUUGAUGAAAAUCAACUUGACCAACAAAGAAAUUUUCUUUUUUUAGUUUAUAUUUUUUCUCAUUUUCUUCCAUAUAUUUGAUUCCUCUUUAUAU